AUGGACACACCAGAUAGGAGCAAGAUCAACAAUCCUCUUUCGCAGUUUGAGGAUUCACCUGUAUUUAACUAUAUCAGUAAUCUAUCUCCUAUAGAACCUGUUAAGUCUGUUCACAUUACUCAGACAUUCAAUUCGCUAAGCUUUUCAUCUCCUCCAUCUGUUUUCACAUCACCCCAUGUCAACUGUCACAGGGAAUCCAGAUUCCUCAGGAGGCAUAACCUUUUGGACGCAUCUAAACCUAAAGUUUCAUCCGAAGAUAUCAAUAAUGUUUAUUCAUGUGAAAAGACUCCCGCAGAUUCUACUCAACCAUGUCAUGAAUCAAGUGAACCACAGGAAAAUACCAAUCCAAAUAUUUCCACAAGAGAUGCCUCAAUUGAGCCAUGUAAUGAAAACCUGAAUAUCUCAAUUGAGCUUCCACAAGGCUUGAAAUAUAAUUUGGCUAGUCCAGGGUAUGAUCCUGUUCUCUCUGCUGAUGAAGCUGACUCUCUUUUGGAACUGCCGGGCAAGCCAGGAUCAGAUGUUGCCUAUAUUCCAGAAGGCUCUGAAAAGGAUUCAAUCGAGGGUGAAAUGCAUCGUCCAGGUUUAUGUCAUAAUGAGGAAAAAAUUGAAGGCCCAGAUUGUGGUGUGGAUGAUUUAAUUACUGAAGCUUCUGAACUGUUAAUGUUUAGCCCCCCAAAUGUGACAGAUUCUUUUAAGGAUAUAAAUAAACAAUUAAAUCCUUCAACACAGCUUACCAAUUAUAGGACUUUGUUACCACAAUCUGACAUCAAUGAUGGUCAACAAAUGCACAGUGUUAAUGCCAUUGCUUCUGGUUCAGAACAUGAAAUUGAAAAUCAUUCUUCUGAAUCAGCAGCAGCCACAGACACAGGUCAGAGACAGGAUAAUCAUGACAAUGUUGCUUUGGUGGCUAGCAAUCCAAAUGAGAAAAUGGAUGAUAAGCUUGUUUAUGUGACACACCGAGGUAUCCGGAGACGCUGUUUAGAUUUUGAGAUGGCCAGUGUGCAAAGGAAGAGCAUAGAUGGUAAAUUGAACACCAAUUCCAGUACAAAAAAAUCUGAUGAGAUGAAUGUUGGUAAAGGAAAGCAACUGCUCCCUACAAAACAUAGUGGGGAUUCCCGGAAGUGUGUUUUGCCUGGAAUUGGUUUGCACUUGAAUGCACUUGCAACUUUAAAUGAUUGCAAAAACAUAAAAAUUGAGAAGUUGUUAUCUGGAAGGCAACCUAAUAUGCCCAGCUCCUCUUCAUCCUCCCAACUUUCUGCAAGCCAAGAACAUCAACUAUCAUUGUUACCUGCAUCAGUGGAAAAAGAUUUGGAGCCAUCAGAGAAUGAGGUUCAACCUGGUGAAGAUUGUACCGAAUCUUUAGUUCACAUGGCUGGUGAAGAUUUCCAGCAGAAUAGUCCGAAAAAGAAAAGGCAAGUACAAUUGCGCAAGUUGGAACCAGAUGGGGAAGGGGAGUCUUGCAAGCGAUGUAAUUGUAAGAAAUCAAAGUGUUUGAAGCUUUAUUGUGAGUGCUUUGCUGCGGGAGUCUACUGCAUAGAGCCUUGUUCAUGUCGUGAUUGCUUCAACAAGCCUAUUCAUGUUGAUACUGUUCUUCAAACGCGCCAGCAGAUUGAGUCUCGAAAUCCACUUGCAUUUGCUCCUAAAGUCAUACGGAGUUCUGAUUCUGUACCUGAAAUUGGGGAUGACCCUAACAAAACUCCAGCUUCAGCACGACACAAAAGAGGAUGUAAUUGCAAGAAAUCAAGCUGCCUAAAGAAAUACUGUGAAUGUUAUCAGGGUGGUGUUGGUUGCUCCAUAAGCUGCAGAUGUGAAGGAUGCAAGAACACAUAUGGUAGAAAGGAUGGUUCUGUUCCUUCAGGAAUAGAAGCCAAGCCCGAAGAAGAAACAGAAGUAUGUGAAAAGGGUGUGAUGGAAAAUGCUUCACAGAAAAUUGAAGCACACAAUACCGAAGACCAUCCAGAACAUGCUCUUCCUACAACACCAUUACGUAUUUCCAGAUCAUUGCUCCCAUUACCCUUUUCUUCUAAGGGUAAGCCACCAAGAUCUUUUGUUACUACCAUCUCUAGUUCCGGAUUGUUUGUUAGCCAAAAGCUCGGGAAAUCAAGUGCUCCACGGUCUCAACCUAAAUUUGAAAAGCCUUUGCAAACCGUGCCGGAUGAUGACUCUCCUGUGACCUGCAUCAAAACUUCUUCUCCAAAUGGCAAGAGGAUCUCCUCUCCUAAUUGUGACGUGGGAUCAUCUCCUACUCGCAGAGGUGGGAGGAAGUUGAUUUUACAAUCGAUUCCUUCGUUUCCUUCUCUCACCCCUCACAAUCUUCGGAGUGACUGA